AUGGCCGACCAACUGCCUCAGCCGAUGAUUGUUAUGACCCCGCCAGAACAAGCGCACACCUCAUCGUCGUCCCAUCCCCGCCGACCGCCAGCCCAUCGCUCUGUAUCCCUCCUCCACUCACCGAGGACGAAGCCCCCGACGCCCGUCAAGGACGCCAGUGACUCUUCAAGCGACGAUCCCGCAACAGGUUCCCGCGCCACCGCCGGCAGCAGCGACUCGCCGUCCAGUCUCGCACCGUUAGGCAGGAACAGCUCGGGCGAGAGCAGCAACGCUGACAAGUGGUUCGAGAAGUCCAACAACGACGUUCGCGACACCUCCUUCGCCGAUAAUGAGCCGCCAUUCUUCAUGCGCAACUCGUCCUCGUCGCAAACACCACCAGAGGCCCAGCAACAGAUGCGACAGUAUCUCGGCAUUAACGAUGCAUCAACUGCCCUGCCGAUGCGAACAGGACUCGCUCAUCUCAACACAGAUGGUAGCAGUACAGAGGACUUCCGAGGUGUUAUUGAUGAUCUCACAAUCGAGAACAAGAAGCUGAAGAGAAAGCUGAAAAAGUAUCAGAAGCUGCACGAUUCGCACCUCAAGGACGAAAAGCUGUUCGAGGUGCGCAUACAUGGCCUGCCUGCGGAGAAAAAGCGAGAGCUGGAAGACACGCUACGCAAGUUUGCCGCCAGUCUGGGAACUGGAGCUUUCCCGGCGAAUGGAUACGCAGGACUGAAGCCUCUGCUCGAAACGCAGAAGACGGCCUCAUCGCAGACCUCGCUGCAGAACACUGAUUCUGCCUAUGCCUCGAUGUCCAUGUCAGGCCAAGGUUCGAAUGCUCACUCCGGAAACGAGAGUAGACAUCAACCAGUGCCCACGUCGACAACACGGAGAAGCAUGCGAUCCAACAUACAGUCGUACCUGCAUCAUAUUCCGGAACGAUUACUCGUGCAGCCGAACCCUGCGAACAUGACGGAGCGCGCGAAGAAAAAGCUUGUUGCCAGACGACUUGAGCAGCUCUUUGCUGGUAAAGGGGCGGUUGGCGGCCAUCAGCAACCGAUGCAGCAACAGGAGGUUUCGCACUCUGCCGCGCGGGCAGAUCAAGUCGAGAGCGAAGCACAAGGUGGAAGCGCCAGCUUGGAGGGCGUUCGAGAAGCCCAUAUGAUGUCGCGAGCACACGUGGAUCCAGAUGCUAAACAAGACAGCUAUGGUGAUUCGCCAGAGAGAGAUUUUGCAGAGAAUCAACCAGGCAGGCAACACUCAGUCCUCUCGAGGAGCAACCUUGCAAAACAAAAUGAGCAAGAUCUUAACGAACAACGACCCACGAGGCCGCUGGAUCUGGACCCGGAGCGUGCCCAAGUUCCCGCUGAGAACAUCCGGUAUAUGCGCCACCUGGGGUUUUCUCCCCCUGACCCAAACGACAUACCCGAGGAUGGACACGGCUGGAUCUACCUCAAUCUGUUACGGAAUAUGGCACAACUACACACCAUCAACGUGACGGCCGAUUUCGUGCACAAGGCUUUGACAGAGUGCAGCUCAAAGUUCGAGGUGUCUGCUGAUGGCAGAAAAGUCCGGUGGAAGGGAGGCCGUUCCAUCACACAUUCAGGCAGUAGCGCAGGCGGAUCUUCCAUGGAUCGCACCAACACACCGGACGGUCAAAGCCCACGAAAGCGGCCAAAAUUGACACACCGCGAGAGCGCAAAAUCGUCGGGAUCGUUGGCUAGGACACUCCACCAGCGCGAUCAGCCUGAGGCCAACAAACUCAACUACACCCCCCUCUUCUUCCACAAGGACAGCACUGAUGAAGCCGACUCCUCCGACGACUACGAUGACAGCGAUGAGUCUCCAUUCCUUGCACCGGCAGGCGACUCAUUAGGUAUGACCAGUUCUGGCGUGCGCACUAUGUCGUCCAAGAAGCAAAAGACUCGAGAGGACGGGCCAAUUAUCUUCUACAAUAACGCCCGCUUCUGUACCGACCUCAGCGGCGAUCGCAAAACCGUCGGCAAUGCCAAUGCACCUCCUUAUACACCUGCCACUGCAGUGCCGCUUGGGGUUCCGCAAAGGAAGGCAGAAUCGUCGCGAACAGCUGAGAAGCGUGGUCCUCUCGCAGAGGCUUCUGAGUUGCCGGAGCCUAUGGAUCUGAGCGAUAAUCCAAUCCCGGUCGAUCUAGAGCUAUCUUUCCCGGCCCACAGUCCACGAAGAAAUGAUCUCGAAGCUUCACUGAGGAAGAGCGUCCAAAUGGAGGUCACCGGCAUUGGCGGUGUUUGGCCAGCCGAUCACUUUGCGAUUGCUGUAGAGAGCCGGCAGGCUCGUUUGGAUCACACUGCAGCAUCGUUGGAAAGCCUGUCGAAACAACGCAUCCCUAGCAGGCUAGCUGGGAUCUUGCAAGAUGAUACUUCGAAGCAGAGAAGCCGGGCUGCCGUACAGCAACGAAUCAUCUGGACCAAGCAGCAAAUCCUCCCACCUGCGGAACUACCGCCAGCACUGAGCUUCAUGCCAUUUGGCGAGGAUUCUUUGGGUGAUGAUUAUGAGAGUGAUGCGGACGAGGAACUUUCCAUGUCACCCGGCUCCCUCCACGAUUACCCACUCGCUGCAUCUCCGCAGCCCAUCAAGCUCAACUAUGCAGCCGAAGAAGAAGAGUACAGCGAGGACGAGGAGUCCGACGAUGGUUCGCUCGAUCUCCUAGCUGCUGCUCGUGAACUUGACCCUGCUGCUAUCCAAGCGCAAGAAAGAGAAUAUGACGCAAACAUGGCUGAUCGCUUAGCCGAAGAAAUCCCAGCUGGCAGUAGUGCUGCGACGGCGGGAGGAGGAAGUGGCUUCGCCAGCCCUGCGGCGGAUGUCAGUCGUGAAGAGUAUCGCCGCGCUGUGCGUGAGGCUCUUGCGAAAUGUCCGGGACCGAAUCUGAAGCGGUCGAAGACUGCUGACAGUAUAAAGGUCGAGGACCCUCGUCAUGCAUCGUGCAGCGAGGACGAAGACGAUGACAUGGACGAUGUUGCUUCGUGA